AUGGCGUCCGUGAAAGCCUCAAACCAACCAAUUCCGCCAAGUGACGCCCAACACUCUUCUGCAAGGGGUGACUCUCGCGAUCAUGCAGCAAAAGUGACUCCUAAGACUCGCAAAGCCCCUUCAAAGAAAUCUUCACGAUCAACGUUGGAGCAUCUUCUCUCACCCACUUCGACGGACAAACUCGCGGACAAGGGGCCACAUCCCAACCUCCCUGCUGAGAACCUCGAAUCCUCCAACGGGCAGAGCAUCAUCUGGCUCGACAGCCAGAUUGUAGACACUGAUGCCCAGAAAGACCCUUCAGAGUCUCUCACUAAACUAGUCGAGUCCAUUCCUGCCCCCAACAUGGCUGGUACACAUACAAGACGAAAUGCAAAUGGGACUGUCGGUUCUGUCUACUCUGGUAACAAAAUACGGCAUCUCAAGAAGGAAGACGGCAUACCUUUGUGGAGAAAAGAUAUACAACUGGAGUUUCUACGUCGCGUGUUCGAAGACGACACCAAAUGUUUUACCAAGACAUCAGACAUGACUCCUGGUCAUUCAUUUGCCGAUAUAUAUAUUGAAGCGAUGGCAAACAGCUCGAAGACUAGCAAAGUGUUGAAGGAGAAGCUGCUCUCGGACCGACGAGGCGCCAUGAGUAUGGCAAUGAUAUGUUUGCUGGUCAACGUCGGCAGGAUGAAUACCACCUUGAACUGUAAGUUAGUACCCCCAAACAUGGAUGUGGCAAGCUCUAAGAACUUAGUCUUUCCCGAGAUGCGAGCCCAGUUACGGACCUUCCACGCGAUUCCUUCUCUUCAAGCAAACCAAGAUCCAAACGCCUAUAAACAACUGCAAGAUGCACCGCGCCUCAAGUCUAUCUUGAAAGGCGCUUCAGAAGAUAAGGAUCAGCCAAGUACUAUCGAAAAACUCGAGAAUACUCCAUCUCCUCGUACGAAUCCAGUCCAUUUGAUAUUUCUCCUUUCACAAUAUGCCCCAAAGGUCUCAGAGGCCCAUUUCAUACCUCCACGAGACUUUUUCGACCUAGUCAUGAGACCUACCCUGAGCAGCAAAAGCCGAGCGUGCGCCUUUCUCUGGCUCAUGUGGUGGUACCUCGAAAGUGACUUCUCUGCUGACGCUGCGCUACAUAAUCCGUUUGGGGAGGGUCAGCGGGGAGAAGACAGCGACGGGCUGCCCAUCAAAGUCCCGGCAUUUGAACACUUGACUGAAGCACAGGCGGAUGCAGAGAACGUAGACACUGAAGAGGAAAUGCAGUAUGGAGAGCGCAAACGGGUUGAGCGUCGCAAGAUCCUAGAAGAAGAUGAAACGGUUGGACCUCCACUAAAAAGGCAAAGAAAAGGCGACGACUCAAUCAUAGCUAUAUCAGAUACGGAUCCUACGCGGUCACCUUCUCCACCUAUCAAUUUACCAAGAAAUGAUAGCAUAGAUCAAAGCUUUGCUGCCCAAAGCCCUGUCAACGAGCAUGGAUAUCCGCGAUACCCUAGUAUUGCAAGCAAAAACGAGUCGUCCGCUAAUCAGCGCCUUGUUCUGAAAACGCGGUUGGACAAUCCAAUGAGCUCCUCCCCACCUCUACCACCCGGCUCUGGGCAUCCAGUCAUAAGUGCAAAUUCCAACGGACAUCGACGACCCCGACCACAAACGUCACACCAGAAAGCAGUGGACGAGAAUCGCAAGAUGCAUAUCGAUCAUAUCUUGCAUAGACAAAUGCAGUCGCAGCAGUCGCAGAUAAGGCGCCAGAAGCGGAGACACAGCAGUACCUUCGGUAUGAUGGUGAUGAAUCGUUUGAAAGAUCUACCCGAUAUGUACGACACUGAUGAUGAAAACUCGUACGGUCCUGGUGGCCUUGUGCCUAACAGAAACGAAAUUGAUGACUAUGGUGAGGAGGCUGUCAGAUACAGAAAGAUUAUUGAUCGGGCAAUACGGAGGCUGGAUAGAGAUCAAUACGGAAAGUCGGCUGAAGGACUGGUGCACCAUUACGAGCAGCAUUUAGGGGUUCCGCGGGAAUUUAACCGUGGCAGGGAACGACCCGAAAUGUAUACCCAUCAGGACGCUCACAACCGUGCCCACCUUCGAGGUGGGUCUAGACACCAGAAGGAUGCUGCAACAGAUGAGCAAUUGGAUGAUCUGGAUCUGGAUCUUCUCGGCGAAAAUCGCAAUAGUGAUCAAGAAGGCUACAGUGAGGAUUCGGAGGGCGAAGAUGCUGAUAUGACUGAAGAUGAUAUACCUACGUGA